AUGGGUGAAAUUGUGUCAAGCACCCUGGCGAUGAUGACAAUCCUCCAGUGGUGGAGUUACUGCGUGUUGGCCACCCAGGUCUCCUUCUCCAACUUCUCAGUGGACAACGAGGUGCGCUCCAGCUUCAUCCAGCGGCGGCUGCGGAACCAAGAGCGCAGGGAGCUGCAGCGGGAGAUCCUCUCCAUCCUGGGGCUACCGCAUCGUCCGCGGCCGCUCGUCCACACCAAACACAACGCUGCCCCGAUGUUCAUGCUGGACCUCUACAACACCAUCUCUACAGACGCAGAGGAGCUGCCCGGACACUCCUACUACAAGCCCGUUUUACCGACCCAGGUCUCCCCCAUAGUGACCCCACAGGACAGCCGCUUCCUUGAUGACGCAGACACGGUGAUGAGUUUUGUCAAUCUCGUUGAUCAGGAUCAGGAUCUUUUGCUCCAGCAACAAAGAAGAGAAUUUCGGUUCGACCUUUCCCAUAUUCCUGAGGGUGAAGUUGUCACAGCAGCAGAGUUCAGGAUUUAUAAAGAUUUCAUCCAGGAUCGCUAUGAGAACGAGACAUUCAGAGUCAGUGUAUACCAGGUCCUGCAGGAGCCCACAAACAGUGAAGUGGAGCUCCUGCUGCUGUAUCAGCGAGACGUGUGGGCUGCAGAGGAGGGCUGGCUGGUCUUUGACCUGACCGACACCAGUAACCUCUGGCUGGUCAACCCUGAGCAGAACCUCGGCCUGCACCUGGUCCUGGAGGACAGUCACAGUCAGAGGAGGAACCCCAGACAGGCGGGGCUGGUGACGGGCAGUGGACCUCAGGACAAGCAGCCUUUCGUGGUUGCCUUCUUCAAAGCCAAUGAGGUGCGCUUCCGCAGCAUCCGCUCUGCCCACGGCCAAAAGGGGCGCCAGUCAAACCGUUCCAAACCCCAGAGGACUGUCCAUGAUGCACUCAAGGCAGUGGAGGCUGCAACAGAUAACCUUGGACUCUCCAAAGAAGGAUGUAAAAAGCAUGAGCUGUAUGUCAGCUUUAGAGAUUUAGGAUGGCAGGACUGGAUCAUAGCACCAGAGGGCUAUGCAGCGUACUACUGCGAGGGAGAAUGCGCCUUCCCUCUCAACUCCUACAUGAAUGCCACCAAUCACGCCAUUGUGCAAACUCUGGUGCACUUCAUCAACCCGGACACGGUGCCCAAGCCCUGCUGUGCCCCAACGCAGCUCCACGGCAUCUCAGUGCUCUACUUUGACGACAGCUCCAACGUCAUUCUCAAGAAGUAUCGCAACAUGGUGGUCAGAGCAUGUGGCUGCCACUGA